CGAUCAUUAAGAUUUCAACAUAAAUAGGACUAGUAGCUGCCUUAUCUAAAGUUUUUCAAUUUGAGAAAACAUCAAAAGAAUAUUUUCCAUAUCCUUUUGUACAAGUAUUUAUUUUUGUUUGGUUUUCGCCACCGGCAUUUGGCCCGAUUAAUUUCAAUUAAUUGGAUCAGUUCUAUGUUCUAUUAGUAAGUAGUUUCAGCCUACUAUCAAAGAGAUCAAAUCAUAGUGUCUCUAUUACUCCAAUGAUUGUGAGCUAGAUGCAGAGAUAGAUCAUAGAAACAUGGCUAACCAAAACAGAGAAGAGGUGGUAUGCGUUACCGGAGCAAACGGUUUCAUCGGUUCAUGGCUAGUUCAAACCUUAUUACACAAACAAAACCCGCACUACACAAUCCACGCCACAAUCUUCCCUGGUUCCGAUCCUUCCCAUCUCUUCACACUCCAUCCUGAAGCACAAUCUCGCAUCACCAUCUUCCCCGUUAACAUCCUCGACUCCAUCGCCGUCUAUAACGCCAUCCAAAACUGCUCCGGCGUCUUCCACGUCGCAUCCCCCUGCACUCUCGAAGACCCAACCGAUCCACAAAAAGAACUUCUAGAACCCGCUGUCCACGGAACCCUAAACGUCCUAGAAGCAUCGAAACGCGCGGGAGUAAAGCGCGUGGUACUCACCUCCUCCAUUUCAGCCAUGAUUCCAAACCCUAACUGGCCGGAAAACAAACCGAUCGACGAAUCUUCCUGGACGGACGUUGAGUACUGUUCAUCGAGAGGGAAGUGGUAUCCGGUAUCGAAAACGAAGGCGGAGAAAGCCGCGUGGGAGUUUCGUGAGAAGCACGACGGGGACGGUGGUAUCGACGUGGUGGCGAUUCAUCCGGGGACUUGUUUGGGACCCUUGCUUCAGAAAGAGAUGAAUGCGAGUUCUGCUGUGUUGCAGAGGUUGAUGAUGGGGUUCAAGGAUACACAGGAGUGUUAUUGGUUAGGUGCUGUUCAUGUUAAAGACGUUGCUAGUGCUCAUGUUUUGGUUUAUGAAACUCCAACUGCUGCUGGUAGAUAUCUUUGUACUAAUGGUAUCUAUCAGUUUUCUAGUUUUGCUAAAAUUGUCUCUCAAUUGUACCCUCAUUUUCCUAUUCACAGUUUCCCGGAUGAAACUCAACCUGGUUUGACACCAUGUAAAGACGCAGCAAAGAGGCUCAUAGACUUGGGAUUAGUCUUCACACCCAUUCAAGAUGCUAUUACAGAAGCCGCGGAAAGCCUUAUGGCUAAAGGAUUCCUGCAGAGAACACUCUCACCCUCACAGAAUUGAAACUACAUUUCAUUUAGAUCUCUUCUCUCGAGCAAAAAAUAGUAAGCAAUAAUGAAUGUAAUGAUUCAAGAUAUAAGCAAUAAUGAAUGUAAUUAUAUUACACUAUGUUUAUCUAUAUUACAUUACAAGCAAGUUCCAAAUCUCACAUGGAAUGAGGUUAAUCACUGAAAAAAUUGUCAAACAAUGUAAGGUUGACAUGAAAUUCCAAGAGUAAUUGUUGACUAAUUUA